CGCUGAUCAUCAAGUUUGUUAGGUGACUUCAUACAGUUCGGACAAGCAGCAGCAUGAAGGUCUUCGUUGUACUGAGCAUUAUCCUGGCCGUGGCCGUGGCAGCACCACAGUUUGGCGGCGGCAAUGCUAAUGCCAAUGCUGGAGCCAAUGCUCAGUCUCAGGGCGGAUUUGGUGGAGAAGGUGGCUUAGGCGGACCAGGCGGCUUCGGAGGCAAGCCUGGUCAUCAUGGUCAUCAUGGUCAUCAUGGUAACCGCGGUGAAGGUGGCUUCGGUGGUCCCGGUGGUCCCGGCGGUUUCGGUGGUCAAGGCGGUUUUGGCGGACCCGGCGGCUUCGGAGGCGGUAACGCCAACGCCAAUGCGGAAUCCACUGCCAAUGCCAAUGGCGGCGGUUUCGGUGGACCCGGUGGCUUCGGUGGUGCUAAUGCCAACGCUGAUUCCAGUGCCACUGCCAAUGGCGGUGGUUUCGGCGGCGCCAACGCGAAAGCAUCUUCCAGCGCCAGUGCCUCAUCCAAUGGCGGUGGUCUCGCCAGUGCCACAUCCAGCGCAUCUGCCAAUGCUGGAAUAUAGGAGAAUCGAUAUCCGAAAAACUAUACCGAACUGAAAAGAAUUGUUAAAGUGAA